AUGAGCACCAAGAGAGGCGCUCGACAAGGGCCGCUGUCUAGCGGCCCGGAGUGGUCGUGUGCGGCAGCUUUGUCGCCCUCUGAUCGGCAGUAUCUCUUUAGCAUACGCAACCCGCGCUUCCUUUUUGCUGUCCGUAGAGAGCUCCGGCGCCAUGACGCCUCGAGGAGUAGCGGACUGCUGACUGCGGAGGUGUUUUCGCUCUGCCUUGCGCACAUGGGCAUCCAGUUUGGAAGCCCCGAAGCCGAUUUCAUUUUGCGCUUCUGCGAAGUCACGCCUGACGGGUUCGUGAUUUGCAAGAGCCUCCUGCUGCAGACGUACCCUUACAAGCAGCGGCAUGCAGACACCGUUGCUCUUUCCUUUGCCGCGGCAGAGGAUGACGAAGAGCCUCUUCCCUGUUGGUCGUCGGAGGAAUCUGCAGCCCCGAGCUGCGGAGCCAAAAUGCCUCUGAAGGCAUCUGGAGGGGCCAUAGGAGACCCUUUGGGCGGAGGAAAGGGCGCCUUGGUUCGCCGUCUCUUCGCGCAGUGGGAGCGGUGUCUGCUGCGAGACUGCGACCUCAAGAGGGCCCUAAAGGCAGCUGGGUUUGGAAUUUCCGAAGAUCUCGAGAGACUUCUUUCUCUGCAGGGGCCUGGGGGCUCCAUUCAAUUCAAAGAUUUCAUGCGCUGUCUCAUGUCUGAAGGCGAGGCGGCCCAAGGGAGGGGGGGCCUUGGCGUUUCCCGCGAAGUUCUCGACGCCGCAACUGCAGCUCUUGCGGCGGAGCGAACCGCCUUCAUCGACCCCCCGAGGAAUGCUGUGACGUGGGAGCCGCCUGCGUCUGUGGCAGGAACGGGGGCAGCCACCACAUCGGAGAUCUUGAACCCGCUAUUCCUGGAGGGAGCGGACCGAAGAGCCUUCUUGUUGCGGCUUACUUCCCUCUUCUUGUCAUCCUGUGUGCCUUCCGAGAGCUUUAGAGGCUAUCUCAAUCGAGUGGGCAUAGCGAUCACCCCCGAAAUAGACACCUGCAUUCGAGAAGAAAUGGCCAGCGGAUGUGUGCCGCUCAGCCGAAUGAUGGCUGCAAUUUGGCAGGCGGAGCACCAACAGCAGCGGGAACAGCAGCAGCAACAGGAGCGAGACCUCAGGCAGCGGCGGUUGCUUAGGUCAUCUGUUAGCCCGCAGCUUUCUGUUCGUAAAAAAUACGUGUUGACUAGUGCACAGACUCACCUCGAAAAGAAGGCAAAAAGGCGUGAAACGAUAAGAAUGAGAAGCAGGAAAAAUCAAAGUGCCGUGGCUGCCGAUAUUGCGACUGUUCAAUCAAAUUUUCCUUCUUGGCUUGAUCUUUUUUGCAAUAAACACAAUGAUGACGUAGAAGCACCGAGUUUCAGAUUCUUUGGAGGAGGUUCCGACGCCGAACUCCCCAUUGAGUCGCCUCCAUUUCGUGACCGUCGCUGCCGACAGUUGGCAGAGGAGGCUGGUGUCUGCUCAGUGUGCAUCCAUGCAACCAUUAGGGACGCCUUCAAGGGCCCCUCUUUGACCUGCAUUUAUGCUGUACUUUGGCUUCUUGAUGCGGUUAUCUCUGUGAGGCGGCGCGGUGCAGUCUGCGUCACCGGCCCCAAAUCGCUCUAUGUAUCCUCCAUGGAACCGGGUCGUUCGAGAAGUGGCGAAUGUGUCUCCCCCGUCGUGCCUCUCAUCUUGCUUCCCUUGUUCCUCCCACAGCAGCUUAAAGAGAUAUCUUUGGGGCCAAGAGCUCAUUGA